UAAUCUUUUGUUUAGAUACAAUAUGGAUCCAAGUUGGUCAGAAACUGGUGAUCGAUACUUGAUCAAACUAUUUCGAGAUUACUUAUUUCAUCAAGUGACAGAAACAGGAGAACCUUGGCUUGAUAUGUCUCACAUUGUUUCAUCAUUGAACAAGGUAAGAAAAUUGCACAAAUUGAACAAUAAAGUUGCCAUAUAUCAUGCAGAUGUUUGUCUAUUUAACCAUGACGCUAUGCGGGAAAAAUCUGGGUCAUGUCGCAGCUUACACCCUUCCGUAAAGUACGUCAUUUUCGCUAUAAGCCUCGUUGUAGCCAAAAUGAUGUACUCUCCGGAAGAGUGUAUCCCACCAACUCAAGGUUUUCUAAAGAACGAAGCAAUCAUUGUUGUGAACACAAAACCACAUUUAUAUGAGGCAACAACACAAGACAUCCAGCAUACUUCAUUUUCACUUACAUUUUCUGUUCCUUUUUCACAUCCCACCUAAUUAAAAAGUUAUUCCUAUCCAUUACCAACCUACUUCUUGCGUCAUCGCUGAUCAGCCAAGACGAGAUCUGAGGAUACGUUGUGGGGAAAAUUAGAAAACCAGCCCUCACCAAAUUAACUUGAUCGAUUAAUCAAGUAAUAUGUAUAAACGACAUGCCGUCUAAAGUGGAGGAACCUAGUUAUUUGGAAUCUUAUUUUAAAAAAUAAUUUGCAAUGUCAUGUUAGGAAUUUAGUUAACUUACUUAGUAUAGUUAACUUACUUUACCUAUAAAGUCACUUUGCGUUUUAACCUAAAUAGUAAAUAUCGUAUACACUUCAAUUAUAAUUUUAGUGUGCUCUUUUGUGCGAUGGGGAGUGGUGUCGUGACAGGUUAAUUUUGCUGCAUAUAUAGUAACUAUUGCAUGGUUUACACUUCACGUAUUAUCAUUUUUUCUAGCUUGAUUCUGGAUCUCCGGAAAAGAUUUGUUUAAUAUCACGAGAUGAGCAGAGUGUUCUGGUUGUGUCUUACCGUGAUCUCAAGGAGUGCUUUGAUGGUGCGUUUAAGGAAUUAACAUCAUCAAGCUAACGCUUAAAACAACCACAACAAGUCAAAUGUUUGAUCAUCAUUCUUGUGUAAAUAUAUCUUGUACAGACACCUAGAGCUUUAGAGAAUAUUAGAUAAUUUUCUAGAAGUGUAUAUUUGUAGGAAUUUCGAAAUUUUAGUUAAGUGAUUGUCAUGAAUAAAUGACAAACGCUCGUUAGCUAUAUAUAUAUUUAUAUUCUCAGUCCAAUUCAGACACCACGCUUCACAUAAGCUGCCUGCCUUGUAUUUAUAGCAAUUAGAAAAAAUAGUUGCUUCUCUGAAACUUUCACCUCUGUUCAUAUUAAAUAAUUUUGUGUUUUUAAUUUAUUUAAAUCAAGGAUCACACAAGAGGUUUUUGAUAAUAUUUUUAUUUUAGCUAUGUUUCGAAUAGUAAACUAUCCGAAACAUAGCUAAAAUAAAAUUAGCAAAAACCUCUUGUGUGAUCCUUGAUUUAAAUUAAAAACACAAAAUUAUUUAGAAAAAAUAAUGUAUCUCUGAAAAUUUAAAGGUAUACGAAUCUUUCAGCGAGAAAUGGUGUUUCGCCUUCUAGGCCAUUUCGAGCGGAAAGAAACAGUCCUCGGGUCAGCCAACAUCUAAUAAAUCGGAAUUUAUUCAUAAAAUUAUAUUUCGCGAACGCUGUAAGAAGGAAAGUAGAUUGUUAACUGCCACAGUACUCUCUGGGGACAAAAUUUCAGAUUUUCAGUCUCCAACGCGGUCAGCACUUGUUUCCAUGUACCAAACUGACAUGACGUCAUUUUCGGUUGAUGGAAGAGUUGUUAAAUGGCUAUGUAACUAACCCAAAUCCUACCCCUACUCUAACCCCUAUAACCCUAACCCAAUUAAUAAAAAAAUCCAAAAAGAAACAACGUAACGUCAGUUUGGUAGAUGGAAACAAGUGAAAACCCUCCAACGCAGACUCUCGCUGCACCGUGGGAAAGUCAAAUUUCUGCAGAAUUUGUGUGUACGACUUUCCCAUCAUGCAGUGAAGGCAUGUUGUGGAGGCAGGCAACCUUAUGAAGGUGCAUGAGCCCGAGCGACGGGAUCUUGGAAAAAUCUGCAUGAUUGAGCAAAAUGACUAUUGUCAACUUUUUUGUCAAAAUUUAGUAUUUGCAUUCGUAAAAUCUCCCAAAUCAUGCCCAUGACUAUGUUACUAAAGAACAAGUGAUGGGCGUGUGUAAAGCACCGUGUCUGAACUGGACUACACUGUAUUAUUUGAAUGUCGACAAUGGAAAAAUGAGCGCAAUUUUUAUAGUAAACUAUAAAAUUGUAUCUAUAUAGGUAAAUAUAUUGAAAACAAUAAAUUUUCU